UGGGACCAUGAUUGUGGAGAUUCUACUGCUACUUUCAGUGGUCCUACUGUAUUGGUGGAAGUUUGUGCACAAAUCAAAAGUUCAGGAGAUGUACAGCAAAUUUCCUGGUCCAAAACCAUAUCCAAUCCUCGGGAAUAUCUUAGAAUUCAACUACCCCAAAGAAGAAAUCACAGAAACCUUCAAGAGACUGUCUUUCCAGUAUGGACCCGUUUAUCUGCUGGUUGUGGGGCAGGAGCACAUCGUCUGCAUUCGGGAUCCAAAACUUCUUGAGACAGUGUUUAAUAAUAGCAACGCUGUCAUAGACAAAGCCCCCAUGUAUGAAAUGCUUCACCCCAUCGUAAACCAAGGCUUAUUCACCAGCAAAGGUGAACAAUGGAUAAAACAAAGAAGACUACUUACCCCAGCUUUCCACGUAAAGGUUUUGGAAAACUUCAUCACUAUAUUUGAGAAAAAUGGCGCCAUCUUGGUUGAAAAUCUACUGAAAAACAAAGAUAAAGAGUUUGACCUGAUGCCUUUAGUUUCACCAUGCUCUCUAGAUAUCAUCUGUGAAACUGCAAUGGGGUUUAAGGUUAACGCUCAGCAAGGAGAUUCAAAAUACCUUGAAGCGUUAGAUGAGGUGUCAGAAAUAGUAGCCAACCGCAACUUCAAUUUCCUGCAGAGAAGUUUCCUUUUCCCCCUUCUCCCAACUGGCAGAAGACUAAGGAAACUACUUGCUUACUUUCAUGGAGUCACCUCCAAUAUAGUACAAGAGAGAAAAAUUCAAUACUCAACAAAUGGAGACAACAGUGAUUCAGAGGGCAGUCCAGCUGACACAGGAUAUGAAACAAAGAAGAAGAAAAAGCCUUUCCUAGACCUUCUAUUGGAAUAUAACAUGGGAGGAGCCGGAUUUACAGAUGAAGAUUUGAAAAUGCAGGUCAACACAUUUAUGUUUGCGGGCCGUGACACAGUACAAUCAGCCAUAUCAUUUGCUCUGUACUGUCUCUCACAGAACCCUUCAGUUCAGGAGAAAGCUUAUAAAGAAGUAAUGGACAUCUUGCAAGACGAUGAUAGGGACGCUACAUUUCAAGACCUUCAAAACAUGAAAUACCUGGAUAAGGUUAUCAAGGAAACACUCAGGAUAUACCCACCAGCUCAGUUUGUAGCUCGGAAUGCAAGCGAGGAUUUGGAUUUGAAAAAUGGGUAUGUCAUUCCUAAAAACUCUUCAGUAAUGGUUCUCAUAGAAGCUAUGAAUUACGAUCCUGAGUUAUAUCCAGAUCCACUUAAAUUUGAUCCUGAAAGAUUCGGGAGAAAGAACUUCCAUCCGUUUUCCUACAUACCUUUUGGGGUGGGCCUUAGGAGCUGUAUAGGACAGAGAUUUGCCAUACUCGCUAUAAAAUCUGUCAUAUCAAGAGUUUUGAGGAAGAUUGAACUGUUCCCUUCUGACAAACCUUUGGUGAUGGGAUUCUACGUUGUUUUAAGAUCUACAACAGGAGUACAUCUGAAAGUUAAGCCAAGAGAUCGUCUUAAAUGACUUCAGUAGACUUAGUAUCCUACUUCAGGCUGAUGUAUAUAUAUAAUGUUAUAAAUACCACUCUAGGCCAGUUAUGUCUUAAAUACGGGAGUAAAAGUCAAGAGUCAAGAGAGUCAAGUGAAGUGAAAAUUUUUGCAUGUAGCUUAAAAUUGUGAAGAGGUUGAAUUAAAAAAAAAAAACAUUUUUGUUACAAAUUCAACUUUCAACUCAUUAUUGAUUCUUUUAGUAUAUUUAUUACUUGUAAAUAAAUAAUAACAUAAAAAGUUUA